AUGGCAACCGCCUAUUUGCCUUACUACGACUGCAUCAAGUGUACGUUGCACGCGGCUUUAUGCAUCGGGAAUUAUCCUUCAUGUACCGUGGAGCGUCAUAAUAAACCAGAAGUUGAGGUUGCAGACCAUCUGGAGAAUAAUGGUGAAAGAAAAGUACAAGAUUUCCUUCUUAACCCUAUACGCAUUGUGCGUUCAGAACAGGAAAGUUGUCUUAUUGAACCUAGUAUAAACAGCACACGCAUAUCUGUAUCGUUUCUCAAGAGCGACGCUAUUGCGGAGAUUAUUGCCCGAAAGUACGUUGGAUUUUUAGCUCAGCGAGCCAAACAGUUUCAUAUCUUGAGAAAAAAGCCUAUUCCGGGGUAUGAUAUAAGUUUUUUGAUUUCUCACGAGGAAGUAGAAACAAUGCAUAGGAAUAAGAUUAUUCAAUUUAUAAUUACUUUCUUGAUGGAUAUUGAUGCUGACAUUGCUGCAAUGAAGUUGAAUGUGAAUCAACGUGCACGUCGAGCAGCGAUGGAAUUCUUCCUUGCAUUGAAUUUCACAUGA